UCAAGGGCAUAAAGCUUUCAAUGUCGCUGAAGCAAAUAAAAAAAUUUGAGCUUCUGAACGACAUCUCGAUAAAUGUAUACGCCGCCCAGGAGAAGAAGAAGAAGAAGAAGGAAAAGGAAAAACUCAUGAUCGUGCCGAUACGACUCGCUGAUGAGAAGAAGUGCAAGCAUGUGAACCUGUUGUACAUACAGGAUCCACAGGACAACAACGUGGGACAUUUCACAUACAUCAAGAAUCUGUCUCGGUUGGUGAGCUCACAACUGAGCAAGAAGAUGCAUAAGAAGUAUAUCUGCGAUCGAUGUCUACAUUAUUUCCAUACCAACGAGAAAUUGGAGGCCCACACCGCGGAUUGUCAACGAUUGAAUGACUGCGCCAUCAUUCUGCCAAAUGAAGAGGACAAGUGGCUAAGUUUCACCAAUUUUAAUAGAAAGGAGAGAAUACCGUUCGUCGUGUAUGCCGAUCUGGAAUGUAUCCUGCAGAAGACGGAUGACAACCCGAAGCUGUACCAGCGUCACCAGGUAUUCAGCAUUGCGUAUUAUGUGCGAUGCAAUUACGAUGCGUCGUUAUCCGGGUACCGAUCUCAUCGCGAUACCGACUGCAUAGUGUGGUUCAUUGAACAAUUAAAAGAUUUAGCACAUCGCGUGAAAGUGAUUUUGUCGAGAAAUGUCCCCAUGGUAGAAUUAACACGAGACGAGCGCGAAAAAUUUAACAGUUCAACGCAUUGCCAUAUCUGUGAGAAACCGUUCGCGUCAGACGACACGAGGGUUUACGAUCAUUGUCAUCUCACCGGUCGGUACAGAGGUCCCGCACAUUCUAAUUGUAACCUCAAUUAUAAAGAUUCUUAUAUCAUUCCGAUAGUGUUCCAUAAUUUAUCCGGCUACGACGCGCAUUUUAUCAUUAAAGAAAUAGCUACCGCGUUCGAGGGCGCUAUCGAUGUAUUACCAAUAAACAAAGAAAAAUAUAUUUCCUUUACAAAACACGUUAACGAGUCAGAUGACAAAAAAUGGCAUAACCACGUGCAAUUGCGGUUCAUCAAUUCGUUAAAAUUUCUGAAUAGUAGUCUGGAUAAAUUGUCAUCAUUUCUCAGUAAAGAUAAACUCAGAAUCAUACGAUCAGAAUUUGCACACCUCUCUACCGACGACUUCGAUUUACUUACGCGAAAAGGUGUGUUCCCAUACGAAUAUGUGGAUUGCGCCGAAAAGUUGGAGGAUACUUGCUUACCAUCGCGAGAAUCGUUUUACAAUUCGUUAACCGGUAAUACGGUAUCCGAGAGCGAUUACGCGCACGCUGUCAACGUGUGGCAACGGUUCGCCAUUCGAACGCUCGGUGAAUACAGCGAUUUAUACUUGAAAACAGAUGUCUUGUUGUUGGCCGACGUAUUCGAGAAUUUUCGCGAUAGUUGCAUCAACAGUUACGGUCUUGAUCCCGCUUAUUAUUACACUUUGUCCGGUUUUACAUAG